GUGGUCGUGGUCGUGAUGCGAACCGCCUGUGUGCUGUUGGCGGCGGUGGCCGCCCUGGCUGCCUACUACGUGUACCUGCCGCUGCCCGGCACCGUGUCGGACCCGUGGAAGCUGAUGCUGCUGGAUGCCACUUUUCGCGUAGUGCAGCAGACGUGCCACCUAAUUCACUAUCUGAGACUCAGUCAUCACUUGAUAGUUCUGAAUUACUUGAUUUGUACCUUUGACAAGCUGAAGUCUGUCUCCUCCGAAGACAUUAACAUCACCGAUGCUGUUUUUGACGGUGUGGAAGUCAGAGUAUUUGAACCCCCUGCAAAGCGAGAUGAGAAGCUCAAGCGCAGUGUUGUUUACAUCCACGGAGGGGGCUGGGCCUUGGCAAGUGCAAGAACAAGCCUUUAUAACAAUCUCUGCAGAAUCAUGGCUGAGUCUCUCAAUGCUGUCGUCGUCUCAGUUGAAUACCGGCUUGUACCAGAGGUGUGCUUCCCCGAGCAAUUUUAUGAUGCUCUUCGUGCUACUAAGCAUUUUUUGCAGCCUGAUGUCUUAGCUGAGUAUUCAGUUGACCCAAGUCGAAUUGCAAUUUCUGGCGAUAGUGCAGGAGGAAAUUUGGCAGCUGCUGUGUGUCAGCAGCUCAGCAAAGAUGAGGAUUUGGCCAUCAGACCAAAACUGCAGGCUUUAAUUUAUCCAGUCCUGCAGGCAUUUGACUUCAAUACACCUUCUUAUCAGCAGAACAUGAAUAUGCCUGUUCUUCCUCGUUAUGUCAUGAUCAACUAUUGGAUAGAUUAUUUCAAUGGUAACUAUGACUUGGCUCACUCACUGCUGAUUAACAACCACACUGCUCUUGACGUUAGCAAAGCUCUCUCCUUCAGAGGACACCUGAACUGGACAUCUCUAUUGCCUUCAUCAUUCAAAAAGAACUACAAGCCUGUAAUACAAACCACUGGCAAGGCUGAAAUCAUCCAGGAGAUACCGGCACUGCUUGAUGUACGAGCAGCCCCACUCCUUGCAGACAAUGAAACUCUGCAGCUGCAGCCAAAGACUUACAUCCUGACCUGUGAGAAUGAUGUCCUGCGAGAUGAUGGGGUGAUGUACGCCAAGCGCUUGGAGAAUGCCGGCGUGGAAGUCACACUCGAUCACUUCGACGACUGCUUUCAUGGCUGUAUGAUAUUCACCAUUUGGCCUACUGAUUUCUCUGCAGGCAUUCAGACCAGGAACAGCUAUAUAAGAUGGCUGGAUGAAAAUCUCUGAAGACAGCAUCUCUCUAGAAGACACAGGGUGCAAAACUCUGGUGUCCCUGCAAAAAAAAACAAAUGAUUAAUAAGUGCACUUUCCCCAAGUUCUGACUCCAUCGUUCAGCUGCAGCUGCUGGGGGUACAGACCACUAACUACAGCAUUUGCUAGCUCAUUUGUCCUUACACAGCAAAGCAGUUUGAGAAAUACUUUUUUAAACUUGGAUUUUUUUCACCUUCUUUCACAUGUCUAUUGCCAAACAAAGAAAUGUUGAGCAGGGAGAUCAGCAUUCCUGUAGCAUUCUUAACUGGCUGCAACUUUCAAGCUUUCACCCCUAAUUAGGCACAAAGGCGCCAUUUUACAAAUGAUGUGAGAUAAAGCCAAACACCUACAUCUACAUCUGAAUAUGUAAAAAUGGGAGCUAAUUUCAACAGUGUGGAGCAUCUGAUGUCAGAGUGAGCCUCACCUUUGACAGCAGAGCCAUGCAUCUGAAUGUCAGGCAGGGAUUUAGGUGUUGGCUUUUAGGCACAUAGACAAAUGGCUAGUUUAAAUUUUUUUUUAAAAGCUCUUCUGGGCAAUUAGGAGGAUGCUAGGAAAGUCUUUUAGCCAAAAAUGCAAUUCAGCUUUGGAAUUUGGUCUUUAUUGCCUUUUAGUUAUUUAUGUUUUAUAAAAGCACAGGACUAAUAUAUUUUCAAUGAAAGUACUAUAGCAUACAUACAAAUAUGCAAAUGAUACAACAUAUGAUAAAAUACUCAGCAAAAUCCAGAUUGCUCAUGUGAGUGAGCUUCAAAGCUGCCUACUUAUUUGGCUAAAAAUGUGACUUGAUCUGUAUUUAAAGCCUCAGCUGUAUGACCUCCUUACAGAAAUACUGUGCUUACUAAAAAUAAUCUGCUGUGUGGUUUGCACUAAUUUUUGUAAUUAAUAGUAGAAGUUUUUGUUCAUUGA